AUGCUUCUCAUCGGCCUUACAGGCUCGAUUGCCACUGGCAAAUCGACAGUCUCAUCAAUGCUAUCUUCACAGCCCUAUAAUCUGCCAAUUAUAGACGCAGACAUUCUAGCACGCAAGGUCGUGGAGCCCGGAACCCGCGGGUACGAAGCCAUUGUUAAGCACUUUGGACCUACAACACCAGAGCUACUUGUGGAGCCGUCAGAUAAAAUGCCAGAGAAUGGACCUGAUGGCAAAGGAAGGCCAUUGAACAGACCAGCUCUUGGAAGAAGAGUGUUUGGCGACAGUGAGGAGAGGAAGAAGGACCGCUCAGUACUCAAUCACAUUGUGCACCCAGCUGUGCGGUGGGAGAUGUUCAAAUCCGUGGUUGGAUACUACUUUCGUGGUCACUGGGCAGUGGUGCUUGAUAUCCCACUACUCUUCGAAAGCGGUCUCGAUAAGCUCUGCGGAGUUGCAGCUGUAGUUGCUGUCCGUGACCCGGCCAUUCAGAUGCAGCGCCUGCGAGCGCGCGACCCUCACCUCAGCGCAGAAGAUGCCAAGAACCGAGUGCGCAGCCAGACUGAUGUACGAGAGAAGGCUCAGCGAUGUGAGGAGCGGGGAGAAGGCAAAGGAAUUGUACUCUGGAACGAUGGGUCUCGAGAGGAUCUGCAUGAGCAGCUGGACAAGGCGAUCAAGGGGUUGAAGAAGGAGAACCCGGACUGGUGGACAUGGCUAUUGCUUGGAUGCCCGCCUCUGGCUGUUGCGGUUGCGACGUGGAGGUUCUGGCAGAAUCUCAUCAUCAACGAGAGGUGGGAGGAGAAGAAGCUGCAGGCGAAAUUAACGACCUCAGCUGCGAUCUCAGGCAACAUGUCGGAUGCUAAGCCCCUCUGGAUCGUCGAUCCGGACAAUUCGGAGAAGAAGCUCGACAAGGACCGUUUUUCUCACAUGAUGAACAAAAGGUGGAAUCGAAUCACCAAGAAAGGGGUCUCGGAAGCCGAAAUGCAGGCCCAUGAACGCAUCAUCGACACGAUCAAAACCCAAGACAUCCGAGAGAUAGGAGAUGUGCCUCUCCCGUCAUCUUGGGCAGAAGUCACUGCGCUCAAAAUCCUAUUCCCCGAUGACUUCCUCGCAUCUAACUAUGCAGUUGUUGCCCAGGAGAAGUUCCCCAGGGCGAACAUCGGCCAGUGGAAUCCUAAUGAGCAGGGACCCACGACCGCUUCCAGUUGGAAGAAAAACAAAUAUCGACUUCAACGUGCGAACACAGUCAAAGCUGUUCAGGAGAAUUCAGGACCACCCAAGCGCUCACGAUCCAGCAAGACUGCCGAGGAGGCAGGUAACCCUUUCAAAAAGCAACGUUUGGCUUCUCCAAUUCCUAUCGAGGACACCAUCACCAACACAGUCACUACUCAGCAAGAGACGUCCCCUCCCCCACCUAGCACUGAGCUACAGCUCGCCACUGAAGGCUCUGACGACUCUGAGGAUUCCAACGAAUUUUGGAGUGAGUUCGACGAACAUCUUGCUCCGAUUCGCAAGGCAGCCAAAGAAGGCUGUGAGAUCACCCCCCGAAUGCUGACCCAGCUUCGAAACGCCCACCUGAUGGAGCUCAAGAAACAGCGCACGAAUAUACUCAUCAAGAGGAUGACUCAGAGGCAUGCGCGGGAACUACGACAAGUCCGAAGCAGGUACGAAGGUGUUAUCACAACCUGGCUCAAGGGUAUUGCCAACGGAGUGAAGGUACUCCAGAAGACUCGUCGUGAGCUCUCACUGGUUGAAGAGAGCGUGAACUAA